UAUUUAAGAAAACAUUAAACAGUCUACAAGUUGCAGCAUCCUGUUCGUGCGAACUUGGGACCUUCGGGCGUUGAAUAAUUAUUGUGCCUUUUAGUUAGUCGCUACAGAAAGAACAAUUAUUCUUAUUAUAGUAAAGUUUUAAACUAAAGUUUUAUAAACUCUAACCGAAUUUUUCAAAUCUUUCAAAAUGUUUUGUGCUACCACUUUGCUACUGCUUGUCGGCUUGAACGUGGGAUUAUCCUACGGGAUGGAGUGUUCGUUCGGAGAGAAGAACAUCCUACAGAAAAUAAUUGACUCGUGUCCAGGAAUUAUUGAUUCUGCAGACAAAUCGUACUGUUGUUACAACAUCGAAACUAACAAGGCCUAUUGUUGCAAUGCCUACGAGUUCGCAAUGUUAUCUUCGACAGUCAUGACGGUGAUAGUGGUGGUCGUAAUAGUGAUAUCAGUAGUGAUCUUCUGCGUAUCGUGCCUGUGCUGCAUUUGCUGCCGGCCGUAUCGCAGACUUCGUAAUCAGGGAAUAGUAUACGAACGACCAUCCACGGCCUGAUUCCAUAUCAUCGCCUCUUCCACUCUUCCGACACUGUUUUAUACAUGAUACUUCCCGUGAUUAUACCUUAAGAUACAAUAAUUUUUUAAAAAACUGUUAGUUGAUAUUCUGCUCUCUAUGUGCGUAUUUGCAUGAAUGUUUAAUGCCUCCAGUAAUAUUAUUAUAUAAUACUAUUAUCAUUACUACCAUUAUUAUCAUUACUAUCAUUAUUAUCAUUAUUAUAUACGAAUGUAUACAUAUGUAAGUAGUAUACACAGGAACACAACAUUUAUUGUGAUGACGAAUGUUACUCCAAUGUUACUAUUUUAUGUUAUAUUAUCUAAGAAUGAUUAUGUUCCUACAAUUUUUAACUCUAAAUCGAUGACAGAGCAAUAUUGAAACUGAUGAUGUUCAGUAAAGUGAACUUAUAUAUUGAUAAGGGACGAUAAACAUUCCAUAAGAAAAGUUUUAUACAGACGAGAGUUAUUUAUAUAAAAGCAAAUGAUCAUUUUUUUUAAGAUGUUGCAAACACAUAAUGUUGUGUAAGUAUAAAUAUAAGAUUUAUAUUAAAAAAUUGAGUUUAGGAUACACAUAAGCGCUUCACUGUACCGUUUACGUAAUAAAUAAAUUUUUGGUG